AUUUAAGCAGUAUUAUAAUAUAGGCUCUAGCCAUGAACACUUUGUGUUUGGUCUGGGGCUUGUAUGUCCUCAUGGACGUGUCUCUUGGCGACGAGAGGAAGUUCCGAAUUUACUUUGAAGAAUUUACGAUCAAGUACAAGGACCCGGACCUCUUUGAAAAGAUAGAAUCUACUCUUUCGCAAAGAGACAAUCGGAGUUUUGUCAACGCCGAGAUGAUACUCACUCGGAAUGUCACGGAUGUGGGUGUUCAUACGUCUAUGGAUUUUUGGAAGCCCAACAGCCACCAGAAGAAAAAGAUGUACGAUAUCAAGGUGGAUCUCUGUCCUAUCCUUAGAAGUGUUCAAAACAACAAGUUUUUCAAUCUCUACAUAAAAAGUUUCAACAGGCAUGUUAACUUUAAUCUCGCCUGCCCGCUUAAAUCAAAUCAUAGCUACAAAUUAUUGGACUGGUAUAUGGAUGAAAUGGAUUUGCCUCAUUUCACUCCCAUUGGAGUAUUUCGGACUGUAACUGAAUAUUUUACAAUGAAAAAAAUGGUUAUAAGCAUUGUGACAAAAGGACAAUGUAUCUCAAAGGUCUAGAGAAGCUACUGUGGAAUUUGUAUGUAAUUUUCGUUUGUGAAGUUAAAAAAUAAAUAUUUGGAACAUGGAACAUCUAUUAUUAGUCCCCGAUUUGGUUCAAUGAUUAGAUUAAUGUUGCGAAAUCAUCUGGAGCUGGUCAGUCAACAAUUUGCACCUAAUUGACCUAAAAAUUAUUUACUGUACUGAUCGAAACUUAAACUAUCUGGAACUUGUUUGGGAUUAAAAU